AUGGCCUUCGCUGGUGUCCUCGUUGAAGCCGAAGUCAAAGCCGCUCUGGACGGCUGUGCAGCUGCUGAUUCCUUUGACCACAAGAAGUUCUUCAAGGCAUGCGGCAUGGCCGGCAAGUCUGCCGAGGAGGUGAAGAAGGCUUUCUACAUCAUCGACCAGGACAACAGCGGCUUCAUUGAGGAGGAAGAGCUGAAGUUGUUCCUGCAGAACUUCUCUGCUGGAGCCAGAUCUCUCACUGAGAAGGAGACCAAGGCUUUCCUCGCCGCCGGUGACGAGGAUGGUGAUGGCAAGAUCGGAGUCGAUGAGUUCGCUCUUCUUGUGAAGGCAUAA